AACGUGUUGUUAGUGAUCCGUAGCCGCCACCGACCGCAGCGCCAUGAAGAUCUCUGCAACUGUGGCCAUCGCCGUUUUCGCAUUCCUGGCGCUCUCGUCACACGUGGAAGCCCAGAGAGGGUGCUUUCCCGGGCAGCAAAGGAUGCAGGCGUGCAACACGUGCUUCUGCACCCCGACUGGAGUGUGGGCGUGCACGCGCAGAGGAUGCAUCGGGAAGAGAGAGGCGAGGUGUACUCCGGGCACGACGUUCAAGAACCAGUGCAACACCUGCCGCUGCAGCGCCGACGGGCAGCAGGCGUUCUGUUCCAGGAAGGCCUGCCCUCCUGGUAGCGCCUGAAGAGCUGGGACGCGCCGAAACGUUCAUGCAUACCGUGACCUAGGCACCACAAUCUUCAAGAAGAAGCUGUUAGUCCAAAGAAGUUGGCUGUCGUGCUGUCAGAAGUUCAGGCAGUCAUUCCAUGUUUCCGUCGCAGUUGUGGGAAAUCUGUGUGGCAUGCUGAAGCGUAUGCUUGGAAAACAAUGUUUCCAGAGUCAAAAUAAAUAAAUAAAUAAAUAAAAGUACAGUCAAGCAUAA